AUGGAAUUUCUGGUUCUCCAAAAGGUUAUGUCGGAGCUGCCAUCGGCACAUAUACCGGUGGCACAUUGGAAGAUUCCAAAUGGUAUUCAGUUGGCUGAUCCGACUUUCAACGUUAGUAGUCGGAUCGAUCUUCUCAUUGGAGCAGAGCACUUUUAUCGAAUAUUGUACGAGAAAGAGAUGAAACGGAUGACGUUGGGACCGGAGCUGCCUAUGCUAAUCAAUUCAGCAUUCGGUUGGAUCGUUACAGGAAAGGUUUCUGAUGCGCGAAGUAACGUGGUUAACUGCUGUUUGGCGACAGCGUCGGACAACUUGAAUAUACAGUUACAGAAGUUUUGGGAGAUCGAAAAUAAUGAGGAGCGAGCGGCUUGGUCAAAGGAGGAACAAGAUAGUGAGAACCACUUUCUGAAAACAUUCAGCCGUACAGAAAAAGGUCGGUACGUCGUACGUCUGCCGAAGCAUAUUAAUUUCAAUCAUAUGGUGGGCAAAUCUCGCGCAAUGGCUUUAACACGUUUGCAAAAAAUGGAAAAGCAAUUGGAACGGAAUCCAAAAAUACGUUCGCAAUACAAUGCAUUCAUGCAAGAUUAUUUGGAUCUUGGGCACAUGAAAGAGAUAACAAUAGAGGAGCUUCAGAAGGAAGCAAUGGAAACAUGUACUAAGAAGUUUCAUUAUUUGCCGCACCAUGCGGUAUUCAAAGAAUGCAGUACGACGACAAAGGUGCGCGUAGUUUUUGAUGGCUCAGCCAACACGGAUAGUGGUUUUUCAUUAAACGACGCACUCUUGAAGGGGCCUAUAAUACAGGAUGCACUCCUCAGUCUACUUCUAAGAUUUCGGAAACAUGAAGUAGCACUUGUUAGCGACGUGGAGAAAAUGUACCGACAAGUAUUAGUACACGUUGAUGACACCGGAUUGCAGCGCAUUUUUUAUAGAUUCUCAUUGAUGGAACCCAUACGAGUUUUUGAACUAUCAACGGUGACAUAUGGCUUGACACCUUCAUCAUUCUUAGCGAUCCGUGUUUUACAUCAACUUGCAGCAGAUGAAGGAUCAAAAUACCCGGAAGCUACUAACGCUAUACUAAAUGAUUUUUACGUUGAUGAUUAUAUUGGUGGAGCAUCCGGCAUAGACGAAGCCAUCCAGCUCCAGAAAGACCUUGGAAUACUAAUGAAGAAAGGCGGAUUUACUUUACGCAAAUGGUGCUCCAAUAAGCCAGAAGUUGUAGUUGGCAUCCCGACAGAACAACUUGGCAUAAACUUAACAGUGUCUUUCGAUGUAAGUCCUGAGGAAAAGGUGAAAUCCCUAGGAAUCACUUGGGAACCUGGAGUAGACCAAUUACGAUUUUAUUAUGACAUCACAGCAAGCGAGCAAGCAUGGACUAGAAGAAGCAUUUUAUCAUCUAUCGCCAAACUUUUUGAUCCGCUGGGAUUGAUUUCACCAGUUAUUAACGUUGCGAAAAUACUGAUGCAAGAGCUCGCUUUGCUCAACUCAGGAUGGGACAUGCCUGUCCCAGUCGAAAUCGAAAAGAAAUGGAAAACAUUCUACUCACAUAUGGCCAAAAUCUCGGAAUUGAAGAUUCAACAAUUUGCGUUUGUUUCAAAUUGA